AUGCGUAGUUUUUCUAUGACAGUAAACUCAUUUUUCUCGAUGAGUUUUAUGCCAGUAGUUCUUUUUGUGGGUACAUUUUUAUUUCCACAAAUUGUUUUUUUAGAUGCUCCUUUGCCUUGGCAAAUUGGAUUUCAAGAUCCUGCAACACCAAUCGCUCAAGGUAUUCAAGACCUACACCAUGAUAUUUGUUUUUUUAUGGUGGUUGUUCUAACUUUUGUAAUUUGGAUGUUAUGUCGUACUUUAUGGCAUUUUCAUUGGACAAAGAAUCCUAUUCCUUCAAAGAUUAUUCAUGGAACUGUUAUUGAAGUGGCUUGGACAGUGACACCAAGUUUAAUUUUAAUGGUUAUUGCUGUACCAUCUUUUGCUUUACUUUAUUCUAUGGAUGAAAUUGUAAACCCAUCUAUUACAUUAAAAGCAAUUGGUCAUCAGUGGUAUUGGACGUAUGAGUUAUCAGACUAUAGUACAGCAGAUGAUGCUUCUAUUGUAUUUGAUAGUUAUAUGAUUCCAGAGGAUGAUUUAACCUUAGGGCAACUUCGUUUACUUGAAGUAGAUAAUCGUGUUGUUCUCCCUGUUCAUACACAUGUUCGUGUUAUUGUGACCGCUGCUGAUGUGUUACAUAGCUGGGCUGUCCCAUCUUUAGGUGUAAAAUGUGAUGCUGUACCAGGUCGUUUAAAUCAAACAUCUUUUUUCCUUCAACGUGAAGGUAUUUUUUAUGGUCAGUGUAGUGAGAUUUGCGGAGCAAACCAUGGGUUUAUGCCAAUUGUAGUUGAAGGUGUGUCUUUAGAUGAAUAUAUCUCAUGGGUAUCCAAUAAAAUGGAAGAAAUUUAA